AUGAUUACAUUGUUGCAAGUGGUAUCUUUGGUGUUUGUGGCGACACUAAUUCUGGCGAAUUUGUCGAACUCUUUUGGGGCUUCGGACAAGGCCUCAGAAAACAUCCCGCAACAUCCGUAUCUGAGUCAUUAUCGUGAGAUAGAAACCAGGCAACAGCUCCAUUCCAAGUUUCCAAACUUCAAUGACCAGGUAACACCCUUGAACUGGGGAAGGCUUAAUUUUUUGCAUACUACUGAUACGCAUGGUUGGUAUGCGGGGCACAUUAAUCAGCGGCAGUACUCUUCCGACUGGGGAGACUACAUCAGUUUCGCCUCCCAUCUACAUCAAAAGGCGGAUUUGCUGGGGGUAGAUCUGUUAUUGGUGGAUACUGGUGACAAGCAUGAUGGUAACGGGCUCAGCGACUUAACAGUGCCGAAUGGGGUCUUUUCAAACAAGAUUUUCAUGUACCAAGAUUAUGACCUGGUGACCGUGGGAAACCACGAACUAUACGUUGAGAACAUCAGUGCUUUCGAGUUUGAAACUGUUAUUUCUCAUUUCGGUGAGAGGUUUGUUUCUACCAACGUAGAAUUUCUUCUCGAGGACGAAUUCGUGCCUUUCGGAAAUAGGUCUCGGACUUUCAUUACUAAGAACCAGGGUUUGAAGGUGUUCAGUUUAGCCUUUCUGUUCGAUUUUCGUUAUGGUGCCAAUUCAAAGGUCAAGGUAACUCCCAUUGCUGAUAUUGUUACCCAAAGCUGGUUUUUGGAAUUGCUUCAGCUGAAUAAAGAGCAAAGUCCAGAUGUCGUCGUGGUGUUUGGGCACAUACCUGUGUCGCACGAUUGGAAAGAGUUGGAGCUUUUGCAUUCUACGCUGAGAUCCUUUUUUCCCUCAACUGUUAUCCAGUACUUUGGAGGGCAUUCCCAUAUACGAGACUUUGCGAUUUAUGAUGAAAGAUCUACUGGUUUGCAGAGUGGAAGAUACUGCGAAACAGUGGGCUUCCUCUCUUUGGGUUCACUAAAAUCCUACGAGGUUGAACACGACAAUUCCAUCCAGCAUUAUUUUGGAGCGAACGACUGGAUAGAAAAUCACGUCUCAAGAAGCUAUAUCGACUUCAAUUUGCACUCGUUCAUGUUCCAUUCCAAUAUCAGCUCAAUUGAAGACUUCAAUACUGAUUACGGCCUCAAUGUUUCCAACGAGAUAUGCAAAUAUGGGGUGGAACUGGGGAUCUCCAAGUCUUAUGGAUACGUCAAGAAGAAUUAUUAUUUAGAGGGGGCUCCAUAUCCAAGCGACAACAGUUUGCUGUCGCUCUUGGAAAGAGACAUUCUCACAAGAUUGAGGCCUAAGGUUCAUGGGGACUCUUCGCGAUUGGUCACAAACAAUUCUAGAAUCAUCCUUAUCAACACUGGCUCCAUCAGGUACGAUCUCUACAAGGGCGAAUUCACUGAGAACUCCAAAUACGUGGUAUCUCCGUUCCAGAACAAAUGGAAAGUGAUCCCAGGGGUCCCAAAGCCCGUGGCUUUUCAGAUAAUGCCGAUUCUUAAUAACAGGACGUAUAUUUUGCAGGAAAGUGCUGAAAGAGCUGCUUCAUCGGCUUCGGUCUCUGAACCUGAUUUCACUCAGUUACAGUCACCCUAUCAGUUCUCUCUCUACUCCAAGUCGAUGUCCGACUCAUCUACAGAAGGAACACUGACUAGAGGAGCGUUGGCAAAACAGAAGCCAUUUUUACCAGACGAUGAACAGCAAAAGGUGGGACAUUGGCUCGACUAUUUCACCUGGAAGUCCAUGUCUUACGGUUAUGUCACUCGCGAUGAUCUUGGAACAGGUGGUGAUGAUACAUUGCAUAAGCCUUUGCCCUACCACCCCGUACCAAACGUGAUCCAGUCCUACGAGAAAACGUACAACUCAACUGUGGGAUAUUUGCUGGACGUGAUAAUGGGUGAUUCACACGACGAGCUGGUGGAUGUGGUGUAUUAUGACUUCAUAGAGCCUUAUAUUCUUUUUGCACUGAAGCAAAUUGAAGGUGACACCGAGAGCUAUGCUGGUUACUUGGAGAAGAUAACAAUGUACAACGAUCAUUCGGACGAGUACAACGUGGGCGAACUCUUGGCUGGUUACGUGCGCGAGCAACACGGAUAUUAG